CAAAGUGGCUGUGAAGAUGUUGAAGUCCGACGCAACAGAGAAGGACCUGUCAGAUCUGAUCUCAGAGAUGGAGAUGAUGAAAAUGAUCGGGAAACACAAGAAUAUCAUCAAUCUGCUGGGGGCAUGCACACAGGACGGGCCUCUGUAUGUCAUCGUGGAAUACGCCUCCAAAGGCAACCUUCGGGAGUAUCUGCAGGCCCGGAGGCCUCCUGGGCUGGAAUAUUGCUACAUCCCCAGUCAUAACCCCGAGGAACAGCUGUCCUCCAAAGAUCUGGUAUCCUGUGCCUAUCAGGUGGCCCGGGGCAUGGAGUAUCUUGCCUCUAAGAAGUGCAUACACCGAGACCUGGCUGCUAGAAAUGUCCUGGUGACAGAGGACAAUGUAAUGAAGAUCGCAGACUUUGGCCUAGCCCGAGACAUUCACCAUAUCGACUACUAUAAAAAAACCACCAAUGGCCGGCUGCCUGUGAAGUGGAUGGCACCUGAGGCAUUGUUUGACCGGAUCUACACCCACCAGAGUGACGUGUGGUCUUUUGGGGUACUCUUGUGGGAAAUCUUCACUCUGGGCGGCUCCCCAUACCCUGGUGUGCCUGUGGAAGAACUUUUCAAGCUGCUGAAGAAGGGUCAUCGGAUGGACAAGCCUACUAACUGUACCAAUGAACUGUACAUGAUGAUGCAGGAUUGCUGGCACGCAGUGCCCUCUCAGAGGCCCACUUUCAAACAGCUGGUGGUCAGGGGACAAGACUUGGAGUUGCAUAUCCGAAGGGCGUGUAUGAUGUUGGCUUGCCAUCCCACAAGACCCUUUUUCAGAUUCAAGCAGAACGCAUUCUGA